AUGAAGAGAUUAAGCAGUUCAGAUUCAGUGGGUGGUCUCAUCUCUUUAUGUCCCACUACUUCUACAGAUCAGCAGAGUCCGAGAAGAUACGGGAGAGAAUUUCAGUCGAUGCUUGAAGGUUACGAGGAGGAAGAAGAAGAAGCCAUAAUUGAGGAAAGAGGACAAACCGGUUUAGCUGAGAAGAAGAGACGGUUAAGCAUUAACCAAGUCAAAGCCUUGGAGAAGAAUUUCGAGUUAGAGAACAAGCUUGAGCCUGAGAGGAAAGUGAAGUUAGCUCAAGAGCUUGGUCUUCAACCCCGUCAAGUAGCUGUCUGGUUUCAGAACCGCCGCGCACGGUGGAAGACAAAACAGCUCGAGAAAGACUACGGUGUUCUUAAAAACCAAUACGAUUCUCUCCUCCAUAACUUCGAUUCCCUCCGCCGUGACAAUGAUUCUCUUCUCCAAGAGAUUAGUAAACUAAAAGCUAAGCUUAACGGAGAAGAAAAUCAAGAAGAAGAAGAAGAUGAAGAGAACAACGCGGCGACAAUGGAGAGUGAUGUUUCCGUCAAAGAGGAAGAAGUUUCGUUGCCGGAGAAUCUCACAGAACCACCGUCUUCUCCUCCGGAGCUUCUAGAACAUUCCGACAGUUUCAAUUACCGGAGUUUCACCGACCUCCGUGACCUUCUUCCAUUAAAGGCUGCUGCGACGGCUUCCUCCGUCGCCGCCGCUGGAUCGUCGGACAGUAGCGAGGAAAGUUGCUCAAACGUUACGGUGGCUCCGGCGACGGUUCCCGGCGGUAGUUUCUUGCAGUUUGUGAAAAUGGAGCAGACGGAGGAUCACGACGACUUUCUGAGUGGAGAAGAAGCUUGCGGUUUUUUCUCCGAUGAACAGCCGCCGUCUCUACACUGGUACUCCACCGUUGAUCAGUGGACUUGA